AUGGCCUCUGCCUCCCCCAAUAACUCCUGUCAGGUCACCGUCUCCCUCCUUCCUGUCUCCCUAUCCCUCGUACGCGUGCCUCGCGCACGCCUGCCCCAGCUCUCUCAUCCUAUCCUUAGGCAGAUCCUCCAGCCUAACCCUGUGUUCCUCAAUGUCACCUGCAACGAGAUUGAGCUCAGUCUCUUCGCAGAGCACCAUAUGCUCGCGGACUUCGAGGCCAUAGCCCGCAGAGACCAUCGCCAGAGGCAGCGUUCUCGCUCGGGUUCCGGUUCGAGCCGAAAAAGGGCCACCACGCCCAUAGAUGAGCCUGUCGAGAUUUCUUGCGAGACCUGGAAUGUUCUUCAGAUAGAUUCUCACUCGGAUCGCUUAGAUAACUCCGGCGCGCGCGUCCACGAGUUGUCUGCCCCCUUGGCUGAGGCUGGCAUAUCUAUACUCUACCAGUCUUCCUAUAUGAGUGACUACAUCUUUGUCAAAGGUUCUCGGCUUCAGGAGGUCAUGAGUCUGCUAGGCUCGGCAGGUUUUGACUUGUACUCUGAAGACCCCGAGCUGCUCACAUCACGAGUCGUCUCUCCCAUCGUCUCCCCCAUCUCUACAGAUGACUCGGCUAUCGUUGAGCUGGCGCUCGACUUUAAUCCUGAGUCAGGGGCUGUUCUCACUCGAACGCGGAGUAGCGCCGAUAUUUCGAUGGCCGGUGUUGCUUCUAUGCUGCAGUACACUAAGCUGGACGAUGAUACUGAAAAGACCGCAGCCUCGCACUCGCGACCUGGCAGUCGCUCAAAGUCUUUCUCACCGGGUUCUCGUGACGUUUCAGUCCUCUCCGCUGAUCUUACCUGUGUUGGGUUAUCUGACGACGACGUGGAUACAUGGGGACUCAAAAUAGUGAAGCUGGUCGCUUUUCCGGAACUUAUUCCCUCUAAUUAUCCCAAGUCUGCUCUUGGCCCUGUUCCUGGAGCAAAAACGGCCAAAGAUGCUUUAAAGUAUUGUCACCGGCGCGACUCUUCAUCUGACUCCUCCAGCUCUUCAAGCGACGAGGAAGGCUACUUCUCACAUUCUCCAUCUGGAAACCUAUCAACUACAACCCUCAUCUCGUCCGUGACCUCCAAGUCUUGUCCAGAUCUACCAAAAUCCGCGUCUAUAACGUCUGCUUCUCUCAAGACUGCCACGAAGCACUUGGUCCCCUCUGUUGCCCCACUUUCCCCGUUGGAGGGUGUGGCUCUAUCUGAGCACCUGGAUGAUUCUCGCUCCGAUACUCCCAAGGCUCCGGCUGGGAGAGACGGCUCCAGCUCAGCGGGCGUACCCUUCUUCAGCUUCACGCGUACAUCAGAAGGGACUUCCCUGACGACUGAUGUGACCUUACUCGCUUCGCUGUUUCCUCCCAGCGAACGUCAUAUGGUGGCGUGUAGCGGGGGCCUUGAUGCGCUUGACGCACGCAACUCCCUUCUCGAGUCUGAUGAGAGCGAGGAGGACGAUCUGCUGGCGCAGGGCGGCACCCUCAAGUGUCUCCAAAUAGACCUGCGCAGGUUCGGGCUUGAUAAGCAUGGCCUGGUGAACCGCUUCUCCCGUGUGCUCGAAGAGCAUGGUAUCAACCACAUGUACAGCUCCACGUAUAAGACAGCGAACUUGCUGGUCUCAAAAGCACAAGCGCAUCGUGCAAGAGCGCUUCUGCGUUCCUGUUGAAACUAGACGUCACAGGCCCCGGCUGCUUAUCUGCAAUGAUCUAAAAUUAAUAAGGUCUGCAAGCCUUCUCCCUAUAUUUCAUGACUGUGGGAGUCGAAGGCGCCACGAUGGUCCCCGCACAUUAUGCCAUUGCGGCUGGUGGUCUUCUUAUGCACUCAUGACAGACCUAUCUGGAGGUUUUACACUCUUUGAGAAUUUCGAACCCGCUGGCACUGGGUGUCCUCCAAACUUAGGGAUUUUUUUUCCGUACGCACCGCUCGAGCCAUUGUAACCUCUAUUUUAUAUUUCUU